AAUACAAGUGUUUCAGACAAUUCAAGCAAGAACAUUACUAUUUACAACCCCGCAAGUGAGAUAAUACGGAAAAUUUUCAAAGUUUAUUUGGGAAAGUUGAUAACAGGUAAAACUUCACGAAACGUUACUUGGCUGAAAGCGACCUGAGGAACACCAAAAAGGAGUAGACAUUCGUAGAUUAAGCUGUCACUUAUUGAUAAAAACACUUGACACCUGUAACCGGGUGAAGAUAUUCAAACUGGAUCUAUCAAGCUAUUCAGUACCGUUCAAGUCGGAGGGGAUGUUGACAUCGUCCCGAAGUCCAUACGAGAUGGCGAACCCAAGUUCAGCGAGUAGUUACGCGUCAAUGACAAAUAUGACCAACAUGAACACUAUGUCGAUGGGAAUGGCGCCGGCAGGGAAUAUGAAUCCGAUGUCUUACAGCCCCCAGGGCAUGAGUAUGGGAGCGAUGACGGGCAUGAACGCUGCAAUGAUGGCCCCGGGUAUGAACUCUAUGAACAUGGGAAGUAUGUCGGCAAUGCAGGGCAUGGGCGCUAUGGGUGCUGGCAUGAAUAUGGCUCCAACACCCGGUAUGAACGGAACCAUGUCACCUAUGAGGAUGGAUCUACAGCGCGCUCAAGCGAUUAACAGAGCACGGGAAAAGACAUACAGACGGAGCUACACACACGCCAAGCCGCCAUAUUCUUAUAUCUCCUUAAUCACCAUGGCUAUCCAGCAAUCUCCAAACAAGAUGUGUACUCUCAGCGAAAUUUACCAGUUUAUCAUGGAUCUGUUCCCCUUUUACCGUCAAAACCAACAACGAUGGCAGAACUCUAUACGUCACAGUCUCUCCUUCAAUGACUGUUUCGUUAAAGUACCCCGCACACCCGACCGACCGGGCAAAGGAUCGUAUUGGACUCUUCAUCCAGAUUCAGGAAACAUGUUCGAAAACGGGUGCUAUUUACGUCGCCAGAAACGCUUCAAAUGUUUCAAAAAGGAGACUUUACGCAAAGGUGAAAUCGGGGAAAAUGGGGAGAUAAUCGGCGAACAUGACGAUCUUGAUGAAGAUGAAAUCCCCGGGCAAACUCAUACCGGUAGCCCACACUCCGAGCACCAUCACAGCCCAACAGGACCCGCUCUUAACACCGAGCCCCAGAUACCCAAACGCGAGCCUGGAACUCCCCCGACUAACACUCAUCAGCCACAGCAACAACAAAUCCCACAACAGCAACAACAACAGCAGCAACAGCAACAACAGAACCCCUCACAUUCUCUCCCCCACCAGACAAACCACCCCUCCCAUCCCACGUCAGAGUCUCAGCAGAUGAUGCGUAACCAUAGUAACCAACAACAGGCUCAGCAACAGCAGCAAACGCUUCCGGGCCAACAACAACAUAUGCCCCCCGGGGUUGACGCAACCCAAAGCAUGUUAAUGGCGUCCCAUCAGUACUCCCAUGGUGGCUCAAACUACAAUCCUUUCUCCAUUGCGAACAUUAUGAGCUCCGAAAAGCAGCAAGAUAAUAUGAAAAUGUACGAAGCCGCCAUGCAAGCGCAACAAGGGGGCUACACCUACAGCCAAAUGUCCCCUGUUAUACCCAAAGAAUCGCAGCACAUGGUCGCACCGAAUGACAGUUAUUAUAAAAAUUAUUCUCCAAAUGCGACCGCGGCUUUAUAGGACCGGAAAAAAGACUUAAAUAAUGCUCUGUUUUAUCAUGACACAAACAUUGAGAAUGCACCACUCGAUACUCAGGCAAUUUAGGCGCAUCAUUUGAACUAUUGGGACAAAAGUCUCGGACGAUUUCAAAUUAAGAAAUUCACAUUAUAAAAACGCCAUCAUAACAUUCCAAGAAUUCAUCAACCAUUGCGCACAAAUACCGUAAGAUAUUUUUCUUAAUGAUUUCUUAAAUUAUCAUUAAUUAAAGGUGCACAACUGGUAGUGUAUGCAUUAAUUUAUUUCAUAUAUUUUGUAUAAAUAGAGGAGCUUAACUUGAACAAAUGUAUUUAUUACAAAGUACAAAUUAUUAAAGAGGCUUUAUUUUAAUUUGCUAUCGCAUACAAUACAUUGGUAUUUAUCAGUUUUACAAAAUGACCAAAGUUU